GUAACAAGUUGAAUUGACGUCCUGCAAAGCACAAAUAUUGUACAUUAAUUGGAAAGAUGGCAGACAAAGGUGUGUGUCCAGUUCCCUAUCCUUACUUUCCAUAUUUAAAUAUCAGAAAUGCUAUUUAGCUGUUUACCCAUAACUCGCACUUCCCAUCUGCUUCAUCGCAGCUACCCCGCCACUCGCUCCCACCAACAAGUCUAACUAACCAAAACUCUCAGAGCCAACCCCCCAAGAAGAAGCUGCCGCACGCGCAAAGGAAGCAGCAGAACAAGCUGCCCUUCCAUACAAAUGGACGCAAGCGAUUUCCGACUUGGACAUCACUGUCGAAAUUCCCGGGAACCUUAAGGCUAAAGAUUUAAUCGUUGAUAUCAAACGCCAAUCACUAAAAGUAUCCGUCAAGGGUCAAACUCCUAUAAUCGAUGUAUGUUCUUUCUCGGUCUCCUUCUCCAAUACCCUUACCUCUCUGACAUAUUGGCAUCAGGAUGCACUCCCUCACCCCAUUCUCUUAGAUGAGAGCACCUGGACCCUGAGCAGUCUCCCUUCGGGCAGCAAAGCUCUUGAAAUUCAUCUGGAUAAAGUAAAUAAGAUGGAAUGGUGGGCACAUGUUGUCGUCUCCGCACCAAAAAUAGAUGUUACCAAAAUCACACCCGAGAACAGUAAAUUGGGAGAUUUGGAUGGGGAGACAAGAGGGAUGGUGGAGAAGAUGAUGUGGGAACAGAGAGAUAAGGAGAUGAACGGCGGAAUCAGUAGUGAGGAGAGGAAGAAGAAAGAGAUUCUAGAGAAGUUUCAGAAAGAACAUCCGGAGCUGGACUUCUCGAAGGCAAAGAUGAACUAAACGUUCCGCCUUUCAAGGUAGCAGGUGACAAAAUGAUUACAAUGGACAAAUUAAGUUGGAGGUAAUGCAAUACAUGCGAGUGCUAUAGCUGGUUGCAACACUCAUGAGGAUACCUAUUUAUUUGGCGAAAAACGAAACAUAAAACUAUUUCUCU